AUGGAGAGCUUGAAAAUCCUCGUGCUCGGAGAUCUCGGCGUGGGAAAAAGUUCAUUUUUGAAAUUGAUAAGCGAAAGGUUUAACGAGAUUUACCCAAUUAACGUCUUCGAUUAUUUCAUGUAUUUAGACGAAGAGGAGGAAAAGAAACAAUUUAUAAAUGCUCGAGAUUUGGCACAAAAUAAUAGUACAAAACAGAAUGUAGAGACUAUAGUAGAGUCGAUGUUUUUUCAAGCAAAAAAAAAUUUUCUUGAGUUCAUUGAAAAUAAAAUGAAUGCCAAAAAUUUUUUUUAUGAAGAAAGACAUAAGUACACCUAUGGCUUUGAAAUAUUUACAUUCUUAUGGAAUAGAAACAAUGACUAUAACAACAAUAUUUUUGAAAAAAAUAUUCCAUUAAAUAUAAUUAAAAAGGAGGAAAAUCUUACCAGUAACACAGUGUUGUACGGUAAUAAGAAGGAUAGUGGUAGUAUUAACAUUAUCCAUAGCAGCCAUCGUGGAAAUAGUGACAGUAGUGAUAGCCCUGCUAAUCUUGACGACGUUUUACUCGUUGAGUUUUUUGAAAUAGGAGGUGUUCAAUCUUACUCUUAUAUUAGAAACAUCUUUUAUGAAAAGCAUGAUGGAAUUUUACUAGUAUACGAUUCGUCGAAUAAUAAAUCUUAUCAUAACUUAGUCAAAUGGCUAUAUGAAUUGUACAUAAAUACAAAACCACCUUCUGACAUUUUCUGUAGAGCCAAAAAAGAGCAAAAUCGAAUUUGGGAAUUCUUUCAGUAUACAGAAAUAAAUAAAAAAAAAAAAAAAAAAAAUAGUGAUGAUAUAAUAAUAUCACCAACAAGAAAAGAAAUAAAAGAGAAUUAUGAAAAUUAUUACAAUAUGAAAAAUAAAAAAUACAAUGAGGAAGAAGAUCUUUUCUUGUCUGAUGAAAUUUCAGAUAUAGAAAAAGGACAUAUUACACAUAAAGAAGAUAUUUUAAAAGGGGAAAUACCUAUAGCUUGUAUUGCUACAAAAAUUGAUAAAAAGAAUUCAAAACAAAAACCAGCAUUUGUUAAAACACCAAAAACGUCUUAUUUUUAUAAAAUGUUUUUUUCAGACCCCUUGUCAAAUGAAUCUAUUUACGGAAAUAGAGAUAAUUUAAAAAUAAAAAAAGAAAUUUUAAAAAAAUUAGAAGAUCACAUUAGUCAAGCGAUAGAAAUCAAGGCCAGCUCCAUUGAUUGUGUUGUUGAUAUAGAAAAAUUUAUCAGCUUUUUAAAAUGCGUUUACAACAAGAAGUACAACUCACCGAAAACCCAUCUUUACCGCUAA